ACUCACGGCGCAGACUUACGCAAGGAGCAUUUGUUCUUGCUGGAGGCCGAUUGGGAUCUAUCUUAGGCCACAAAAGGACACUCCUGGGCGCAGAAGCAUGGUGGGUGUUAUGGCACCUUAUUAGCGGCUUCAUGCAAAAAAUCGUCGGUCUGUCUAUCGCUCGCGGUCUCGCUGGAUCUAGAGGCGCAUUUGUGGUACCCAAUGCAGUUGCACUCCUGGGAAUCAACAUACCACCUGGGAGGACGCGUAACAUAGCUAUGGGAAUUUUUGGAGCUAUGUCACCGAUCGGUGCUGCUGGUGGAGGUGUAUUUGGUGGUAUUUUCUCAGCUCACAGACUAGAAGUGGCCCCUCUUCUUGUUGUAGGCUUUAGUCGUCCUUAAAUGCCUCUCACCGACUUCGUCAAUGAUUACAGAUGUAGGGCGACACUUGGUCCUAUCGUAUUUGUACCGACUGCUUCCAUUACACCGCCAGACCCUCCUUCAUCUGAGGGCUUGGCUAAUUUUGAUUGGCUGGGUGCUUACCUGGGUGUUGGCGGGCUGAUUCUUUUCAACUUUGUUUGGAACCUAGCUCCCUCAGUCGGUUGGAUUAAGCCGUACGAAUACUCAAUUCUCCUCGUCUCAGUCAUUCACAUGAUCCCCUUCGUCUUCAGGCUGCUCACCAUUCGGAAUUGGACGUCCCUCCUGUCAUCGGCUGCACUCAUACUGCUCACCGUCUUGGGUGCAGUGGCGGCUAUCCUUUCAGCUUGGCUGAUCCCACGCACGCUAGCUCGGCACAUCUUGGUCACUGGCGUAUUAUGCGUCAUAGUCUCAACAAUACUUGUGGUGACGAUACCAGAGCUGCAAUCCUACUGGCCUCAAUUGGUUCCGGCAACCAUCUUGAUGACGUUUUGCCCGGACUUCAUCUUCUCAGCAGCUCAAAUCCUUGCGAGCAACUCUGUAAAGCCAGAGCACCAAGGGAUAGCUGGUUCCCUGAUUGGCACUAUCAUCAGUUACGGUCAGAGCAUGGGUCUCGGAUUUGCUGGAACUAUGGAGAAGUACACUUCCUCUGAGAACUCCGACUUGGUAGAUGGCUACCGGCACGCUUUGUUCUUCGGUAUUGGGCUGGGCGGCGUGGCGUUGAUUAUUGACUUGAUCUUCGUUUGA